AUGAUGGCAGGUGUGGUUCUUAUCGAUGCACUUCUUACUGCGGCAGAUAUUGAUGCCCGAGCCGCCGAGCGGGCUUCUCCGCCCAUUGUCGGGACCCUGUCAGAAAUGUGCCUGUAUUGCUACACUGCCGAGCUGCUUCUCGUAUUGACUGUCAAAGGCCUAUGGGCUUUAAAAGACUGGAUGAUUGUGCUUGAUAUAGUGAUCGUCCUUUGUGGCUAUGUGGAGUUGGUCAUGCUGAGACUUGCAUAUGGAGGAGACUUGGCAGACUCUUUGGGCACGCUCCGUGUAUUGCGCUUGGCCCGAAUUGUGCGACUGAUGAACCUGCUGCGAAAGAGCCGCUCCCUCAAAGAAUUGCAGAAGCUGGUCAUCAUGCUCACGACCUGCAUGAAAGCUCUGGCUUGGUCCUUCCUCUUCUGCUUCGUCACUUAG